UUGACAUCCUCGGAGGCUCGGCUUCCGUCCGUCAUCCGCUCUUCACAUGCUCUCAGUUCAAACCUGGAGGCACGCGAGUCCGUCGACGUUGGCUACAUGUAUGCUGAAGAGCGCCAUUCUCUCUUCCCCUCCUGGUCUCUCACACACAUGAAUCACACCCGGCCUGACUGCAUGAUUCUUGUGCAAGUCACAGCGGCCAUUUUUGCUUUUCUUCGCCCUUUGCACAGCACCUCCACCACACGGCGCGCUUCUCGCCCUAGACGACGCGGGCCUAUGACGCAGCGCCUCUCCAUGCAUGGCAGCCUUUGAUACCCCCUGGUUAGAUCUUAUGUCUGCCCCCUCUCGUUCCACUAGCGAUGCGUCACCGCAGCCCACCGCCGAUCCAAACCCGCCCACAUAUGCCGCCUUCUCGCCCGCGACGCUGGCCCAAACAACCCCCCAGACAAAGCUCCGCUCCGCCAUCCUCGUCCACCAAAAGUCGCCUCUGCUAGCUGCAACGCCUCCGCAAAUCACCCGUGUACUGGCCUAUUCGCAUCCAUUCAUCCUCCCCUUGAAUAAGCUGGUGGGGUUGCUGACAUGGACUACUGGUGAUGCAUGGGAGAGCUUCCUGCUCGUGGCGAGCUUCUGGGCAAUCACCCUCUACGGCGACGCGAUUACAAGAUUCGCCGGACCCAUCAUAGUGGUGCUGGGUCUGAUACUUGGAAUGUACGCCCGGAGAUACUCGCCGCUCUCUUCCACCUCUUUCACGGGCGAGAAGGGACAAAAGGGCCACAGGAGAGCUGAUUCGGAGAGCAACAUCAAGCACCACAAAAGUCUGGAAGAAAUUGUCGACACGCUGAAACUCUUGACCUCGCGAUGCAACAUCCUCCUCGAUCCCUUUCUGCGCUUGACAGAUUUCCUAUCGACCCAACGGACGGCCACGUCGGCAACCACCAGGCCCGCCCUGACCCUUCUGUUCAUUCGCAUACUUUUCGUCUUGCCUCUCUGGAUUCUCCUGACCCUACCACCGUUUUACCUCCUUACAACAAAACGGGUGGUGCUGGCCGUGGGGACUGUGGUACUAAGCUGGCACUCUCGGCCGGCGCGGGUGUCAAGAACCAUUCUUUGGAGGUCUCUGACGGUUCGGAGAGUGUGUACUUUCCUGACAGGGCUUGACUUUGGCGACAUCGAGCCAGUCGUCAAAGAUGGAGCUCCCAGACUGCCUCCGCGGAGGAAGAGCGCCCAAGAAAUCGCGUCGUCGUUGGCUGCCAAACGGCGACCGGAUUCGCCGGGUGUUCGCUUCACGUUCAGCAUUUACGAGAACCAGAGGAGAUGGCUAGGGAUCGGGUGGACAUCAUCCAUGUUGGCGUACGAACGCGCCUCGUGGACAGACGAGCAUUUGAACGCGGUACCCCCCAAAGACCAUUUUGAGCUCCCCGAGGUAGAAGGGGGGCAAGCGAGAUGGCGAUGGGUUCAUGGUAGCCAGUGGAAGAUUGAGGGCGGCGAGAAGGAUGGGAAGAGCGCCAAAGGCAUCUCGGCCGAGGAAGCUGGUUGGAUUUAUUACGAUAACAAGUGGAGAGACGGCCGUCGGGGACAAGAUGGCUGGGGACGCUACACCCGCCGGCGAAAGUGGUACCGCGAUGCAGAACUCGUGGAAAUCUCGCCGUCAACAGACAUCACGCCUAUCCCCACCCCCAAGCUCGAGCCCGUUGCAGACUCUCCCGAAUCCAUUUCCCCUACUCCUUCCACCUCACGUUCGCACAUCCGUUCACAAUCGUCCACUUCCAACACCCUCACAAAGCUCUCUUCCAACACGAGCACAGCAACCGGCACCGACGCCACCCUCCGCAACGAAUCCGACUACGCAGCCUCUGCAGCGUCGGAGGCAGAAGGGGACGCCGUCAGCACAAAAACUAAGCGUGGCUGGUUCAAGAAGCGACGCAGUAAAAGCUAUGGCGGAGCAGAGGGUCCCGCGCCUACCAUUGCGAGUUCCACGAGCACGAAUGUGAGUCGGCGGAGCGAUGACGAUGAUUUGCAUACACCGCUCGAGAGGACCGCUCGCGAGGAUGAGUGGAGGCUCGGCGACGAUAUCCGUAUGCAGCUAGAUAUCUGAUUGUAUGCAUGCAUGCAAUCAGACAUGUACUGUACAUGUAUGAAUUAUGGAAAGAGGAGGGGCGGUACAUAGCCACGGCCUUUGGUAAAUGUUUUGAUACAAUCAAUUGGUGUAAUAGCGAUUUUUUUUUCAUAUGUACUGUACCUGUCAAAUAUUCAUUAUGCGAGAACGAUUGCAGCAUAUGCCAUUCAAGAACUCCCCCCCUCCCUUUCUAUACAACCUAACCUCGAAAAAAAAAGAAAAGAUAGCUACUCAAAUCUGCGUACACGACUUCGCACUUUACGAACCUUCCACAUAACUCCUUGUUCCAUCAUCAGCUCUGGUUUGUUUCUCCACACCAGUGGCUGUGUUGUG